ACUCAUAACAGAACUAAGUUCCAAAGCUGAACAAGAAAACAGAACACAGAGCUCUGCUCAGAGAUACAGCACCAUACAGUUCUAACGAGAAAUAAACUGCAGAUUAUUUAGGUAAAAGAUCCCUCAAGAUGAAGAAUUUCUUUUUCUCUAAUUGCCUUUGUGUCAUUGUUGCUUUUUCCAUCUUACCUAUAUCGCAGGCCCUGGAGAGCUGUCUGCAGGAGCAGCUAAGGCUUAAGGCCCAGGUGAGAAUUCUUGAACACCAGGUAAAACAGCAGCACAUUAAGAUCCAGCAUAUGUUGCAAGAGAGAGAGAUCCAGUUAAUGGACAGAGGCGAUGAGAAUCGUGUCUUUGAUCUUGGUGAAAAAAGAAACUAUGCAGAUUGUGCUGAUAUAUAUAAUGAUGGCCACCAACUGAGCGGUUUCUACAAGAUAACCCCACUGGAGAGCAACACUACAUUUUAUGCUUUCUGUGACAUGUCUGAAGGAGGGGGUUGGACUGUCUUUCAGAGGCGUUCUGACGGAAGCCAAGACUUUUACAGGAAUUGGACUGAUUAUAAACAGGGAUUUGGUGAUUUUAACUCGGCAAAAGGAGAAUAUUGGCUUGGGAACAACAACCUACAUUAUCUGACAAGGCAAGGAGAUUACAUUCUGAGAAUUGACCUUAUGGAUUUUGAAGGGCAGAGACGGUUUGCACAAUACAAAAGCUUUAGAGUUGAAGAUGAGCAGAGCUUAUAUCAGAUAAUCUGUGGGGAGUACACAGGUACAGCUGGAGAUUCUCUUACUGGUGGGUUUAACGCUGAAGUUAAAUGGUGGGCAAACCACAAUGGCAUGAAAUUCAGCACUUGGGACAGAGACAAUGACAACUAUGAAGGAAACUGUGCGGAAGAGGACAAGGCAGGAUGGUGGUUUAACAGGUGUCACUCUACCAAUUUAAAUGGUAUCUACUAUAAAGGACCCUACACAGCUAAGACUGAUGACGGGAUUGUUUGGUACACAUGGCACGGAUGGUGGUAUUCUCUGAAAUCAGUUGUCAUGAAGGUCAGGCCUUCAGAAUUUCAACCAAAUAUUAUUUAAACAGUAAAAUUAAAUCCACUCUCCAGGAUACUUAAGGGCACAAAUACAACAUAACUUUGUAAAUGGAGUCAGAAUAUUAUGUAAUAUGUUCACACAAUGACUGUACAUAGUAAAUACAGUUAUGUCAUUUCAAAUACCUGUUUAAUGUCUUAAGCCAUCUGUAACAGAAAUAAGGGAAAUGCACAUUAAUUUAGCACUAUGUUUAUGGCUCAGAUGCUAAAAAGUGAAAUUUGCUUGUCACAGAACAUUAGGAGCUUGUGUUAUAUCAUUAGGUAAAAACCUGUGAUAAUAUCAUGUGCCAAACAAAUAACCAUAUGCAGGUGUUAUUGCAUAUACAAUUAACACACCAAUGUAAUCAACAAUUGUAGCCAUAUUUAACCAUUUGGCCAUAGUUCCCACUACUUGUUAAAUAUAGUAUUAUAGUUUGCAGAUAUUUAUCUUAAAAAAAAAUCUAAGUAAUAAACUAUCAUCUCUUUAUAGGUAAUGACAUAAAUUGCUAGGAUUAUAUAUCUAGCCUUACAUACUUAAAAGUGCCUAUUUGCCUUGUCACUCAAAUUAAACUCACUCUAUUUACCAGUCAGUGCUUUACAAGAAAAAAAUACUAUAAAGAAAAUAACAUCCAAUGCAGUUUCCUUUUGAAUGUACUGGGCAACUUAUGAGCAAGAAAUUUUAACUGCUCCUUUAUUUCCUUUAUUGUAUUAUACUAUAUACUAUGUACUAUAUAUAUUGUAUAUAGUAUAUAUAUUAUUUUUUUCCAUAUAUGCAAGUUGUGAAUAUGAGCAAUUUCAAAUGACCUUAAAUAAAACUCUUGUGUUCCUCUUCUAAAAACACUCAGGGCACGUUUGCCGUAAAUGACUCUUCUGACCUCCCCAUACAUUCUCUUACCCAUUAUGCAGGUACAGACAUCAUAUUGGCUUGCAGCGUCUCCUCAGCAAUCAAGGGCUGAUAUGAAGUGUAAUGCCUUUAAAGUGUAGUAAAUAACACUGAAUACAGCAGUGCCUGAAGUUCAUCAUUUUCCUGAAUAUAAGGUUCAUAUUAUUCAAACUUAUUAUAUCAUGCGUAUGAAAAAGCAGCUGUUAACUAUGUUAAAAAUAUUAAGUAAAAGCUGUUUAAAGGGACAUGAAACUCAAAAAUGGUCUUUCAUGAUUCAGCUAGAGCAUACAAUUUUAAACAACUUUACAAUUUAAUUCUACUAUCAAAUGUGCUUUACUAUCUUGCUAUUCUUUGUUAAAGAAGCAGAAAUGCACUACUGUGAUGUAGCUGAACACAUCUGGUGAACCAAUAACAAGAAAUAUAUGUGUGCAGCCACCAAUCAGCAUCUAGCUCCCAGUAUUGAAUUGCUAAACCUAAACCUAUCCAGGUAUACAUUUCAACAACGAAUACCUAGUGAAGGAAGCAAAUUAGAUGAGAGAAGUAAACUGGAAAGUUGUUUAAAAUUGCAUACUCUAUCUGAACCAUGAAAGAAAAUAUUUGUGUUUCAUGUCCCUUUAAGGUUAAACUAAAAUGAAGUGUCUGGUUGCCAUGAGUCUCUUUACUCUAUUGCUCAUUGGCUCCCACAUAAAAAUAGUUUCUUCAAGAAAACAAGAAAAGUUGGUUUAUUCACGGCAGGACGAUUCAUUUUUCAUAAAACAAAAAACAAUAAUAUAUUUUGAAAUGCCUUCUUUUAGAUAAAACAAAGCAAAAAAUGACCACAAUGUCCUUUAAAUUAAUUAAAGGGCAAAAAUUUGGGUGUUUAUGUCCCUUUAAUUAAAGUAACAUCCUUAGCUUUUACAGGCAUCAAAGAAAAGCAAAUAUGGCUAAGCACAUACAAAAUAUUACCACAUAGUAAACAAUAGUAUUAUUGUAACGCAAAAUUAAAGGACUUAUAGCUUGAAGCAAAACAAACUGAUAACUAUGCAGAUUUCUAUCACUGUAUAUACAUACAACUGAAUUUACAAUGGAUAUUCAGAAUGGGUGUGAUAGGGAACAGACUAAUCAUUAGGUUACUGUUCAAUUACAAAUUGUUAGUUGUUUGCCUGCUAUGCCCAUACUUGGCUUUAUUGGCAAUGAUUGGAUACAGCAGUGCUUGACCUCAAUGUUUAUUCACUUUUGCAAAAUAAAACUAUAUCUGUCUGCAACUUGCAGCAGUUUGCCUGAAAA